UGACAGCGAAAUAUUCCCUACCGAGGGACAAAGAAACCACACCAGGAAACAAAGCUUCCCGCAAAGACCACGAUUGUUAUUGUGUGCGUUGAAUAAUUAUUAGAAAAUCUUGGAAAGAUGUACCUCUAGGGUUUGAAAAUUCUGUAAGUCCCAAUAUUUGUAGAUCCAGCAAAGUGACGAAUUGAUUCAUGCAAUAGAGAAAGGAAGAAGAGAUCUUUCACUGGGUCUGUAGACGCCGAGAAAGGCUAGAGCCAUGGCGGGUCGGGCGUUGAUGAGGGACAAGGGCCAAUCACUUCGCAGAUCUCGAAUUGCCGCAGCCAUUUUGACUGGAGUUCUUCUCGGGUGCGUCUUUGCCUUCUUUUUACCUCGCGGACUCUUCGGCUCUGUUUCGCCAAUACAAAACCGCCGAAUCGGCAAAUCGGGUCUCCAGGCUUUUUCAUCCUCAUGUGAAUUGCCAGAGCGGAUUAACAUGAUUAAGUCAGAUAUUGCAUCACUGUCAGAUAAAAAUGCAGAGUUGAAUAAGCAAGUCAAGGAUCUGACUGAAAGGCUACGGUUUGCUGAACAAGGAAAAGAUCAUGCACAGAUGCAGUUUUUGGAUAUGGGUGAACAGCACAAGGCUGGCCCUUUUGGUACUGUCAAGGGUCUGAGAACAAAUCCAACCGUCAUUCCUGAUGAAUCAGUGAAUCCAAGAUUGGCAAAGAUCUUGGAGGAAGUUGCUAUUCGGAAAGAACUUAUUGUUGCACUUGCAAACUCAAAUGUCCAAGCCAUGUUGGAGGUCUGGUUUACCAGCAUCAAGAAGGUGGGUAUUCGUAAUUAUCUAGUUAUAGCACUAGAUGACCAUAUUGAACAUUUCUGCAAAUCGAAUGGUGUUCCAGUUUACAAGAGAGAUCCAGAUGAGGGUAUAGAUUCUGUUGCGAAGACGGGAGGUAACCAUGCUGUCUCUGGACUGAAAUUUCGUAUUUUGAGGGAGUUUUUACAACUCGGUUACAGUGUUCUUCUCUCAGAUGUUGAUAUAGUAUACUUGCAGAACCCAUUUGAUUAUAUUUAUAGGGAUUCAGAUGUUGAGUCUAUGAGUGAUGGUCACAAUAAUAUGACCGCUUAUGGAUUUAAUGAUGUCUUUGAUGAACCUGCCAUGGGUUGGGCUCGAUAUGCUCAUACCAUGAGGAUAUGGGUUUACAACUCUGGUUUCUUUUAUAUAAGGCCUACUAAGCCGUCAAUCGAGCUGUUGGAUCGUGUGGCUGAUCGGCUUUCUCGAGACAAGUUAUGGGACCAAGCAGUCUUUAACGAGGAGCUCUUUUUCCCCUCACAUCCUGGGUAUGAUGGGCUUCAUGCUGCCAAGAGAACUAUGGAUUUUUAUCUGUUUAUGAACAGUAAGGUCCUUUUUAAGACUGUGCGGAAAGAUGCAAAACUAAAACAGCUGAAGCCAGUUAUUGUUCAUUUAAAUUACCACCCAGAUAAACUUUCAAGAAUGAAAGCAGUUGUAGAGUUCUACAUUAACGGCAAGCAGGAUGCACUAGAACAUUUCCCAGAUGGUUCUCAGUGAAACAAGCAAGAUGCACAAGAACAUUUCCAGGAUGGUUCUCAGGGGUCCAGAUAAUGUGACAGAAUAUCCUAUUCUCACCAUUUAAUGGGUGAAGCAGUUCAGUUUUGGAAUACACACUAGAUACCAAUAUAUUAACUCAAUUCGGCUUUCCGAGAGCAAGAGAAUGUAUCCUUUGAAAUGUUCCCCUUCCUCUUGUUUUUGAAUGUUGUAAUAACUAGAGCUUUGUUUCACUUUAAGACCAUAGUGGUAGCCACUGUUUUAUAUAAUGCAUGCGAAGAACUCUUAUUCCGAA